UUACGUCAGUUGUUUGUGUUCUUCCUGAGAGAGCUAACUAGCUCAGAAGCUGAUGAUACAAAAAAAAACGACGGAUUAAAUCAUAUAAAUAACAAACUUUAAACAAAUGACAACGCCAUUAAUAGAUUUAAGACAUCAACUCGUUACAUGUCUCAUCUAAAGCGUUACAUCUGGUUGUGUUUACUUUAAAUCCCGUUGUGUUUACAAGUUGUGAGAGCCGUUGGUGUUGAUCGACAGCAGAAACAAUGAUGGCGUCCAGUUACACCGCAAAAGAGGAGGACGGUCACAUCACGGUGUCCGGACCCGGGACUCUGAGGAGCAGGAAGCCGGAGAACACGGCCUUUAAGCAGCAGAGACUCCCGGCCUGGCAGCCCAUCCUCACCGCGGGCACCGUGCUGCCUGCCUUCUUCAUUAUCGGACUGCUCUUCAUCCCCAUCGGCAUCGGACUCUUCGUCACCUCUAACAACAUCAAGGAGUUCGAGAUUGAUUACACAGGAGUAGAUGCUUCCAGUCCGUGCUUCAACUGCUCCCAGAGCUUCAGCUGGAACAGCAGCCAGCCGUGCACCUGCUCCAUCCCCUUCUACCUGGAGCAGCCGUACGAGAGCAACGUCUACGUGUAUUACGGCCUCUCCAACUUCUACCAGAAUCACCGUCGCUACGUCAAGUCCAGAGACGACAGCCAGCUGAACGGAGACCCCAAAUCUCUGAUGGAACCCAGUAAGGAGUGUGAGCCGUACGCUUUCCACGAGAAAAAACCCAUCGCUCCGUGUGGAGCCAUCGCCAACAGCAUGUUCAACGACACGUUGGAGCUGUUUUACAACGACCCCAACGGCACAAAGGUCCAGAUCCUCCUGAACACCACGGGCAUCGCCUGGUGGACGGACAAACACGUGAAGUUUGGAAACCCCGGAGGAAACAGCCCUAACCUCACCGCCGCUUUCCAAGGAACAACGAAGCCGAUAAACUGGCGUCGGCCGGUCUUCGAUCUGGACGCCGACGAGGGGAACAACGGCUUCAUCAACGAGGACUUCAUCGUGUGGAUGAGGACGGCCGCGCUGCCCACGUUCAGGAAACUUUACCGCAUCAUCAACAAGAAGAGCGGCAUGGUGCCCACGCUGCCCCGAGGGAACUACUCUCUGGAGGUCGUCUACAAUUAUCCCGUGCGCAGCUUCGAGGGCAGGAAGCGGAUGAUUCUGAGCACCAUUUCCUGGAUGGGGGGGAAAAACCCCUUUUUGGGCAUCGCCUACAUCACCGUGGGCUCCGUGUGCUUCUUCCUGGGCGUCGUGCUGCUGCUCAUCCACCACAAGUGUGGAAACAGAAACAACAACGCUGACAUUUCCAACUGAGCUGCUCACCUGUCCGGGUGCAGUUAAAGCGAGCUGGAGUGUAGUCCUGUUGCAUGCUGGGAAACUGAGUUCUUCAUGUGAUCACUGAGCUGUCCUCGCGGUUCUUCUUUGUGCCUCGUCUCGUCUGUGAAGCCUUCCCUUUCAAACUAAAAAAAUCAUGCUUUUUAAAAAAGUGUCGCGCACGUCAGGGGGAACACAACAUGACGCUAACAUGAAUAUUUGUUUGUAUUUAUUUAUAAGAGAUGCUUGCAUUGUGAAGCCUGUUAUUUCCACGCCACACCUCAGGGGGGGGGGGUUGAGUCUAAAAAGCUGUUGUUCUGGAUUGUAUGAACUGCACAAAGCAAGUGUGUAAAUCCAAUGCAGAGACAUGCACGUCGUGGCUUUAUUCAUCCUGCUUUACAUGUGAUAUUAACACAGAAACAGCAUGAGAGCCGUGACGCACUGCAUGUGUUGUAUGUUACAUUACAUGUUGUUAGACGUUCGCACAGUAUGUUUACGUGUUGUACAUUUAAAGUAACUUUAAUGCACAUAAGUACCUCUUCCACCUGAAUCCUGCCAUGUUCCUCACAAGCUGAGAAUAAUCAAAUAGACGCUGCAUGUUGAAAAUGUGCCGAGUUAAAAUGUGUUUUUUAUUUAGGUUUUAAUACGUUUCAUCCACACGUUGAUUUGAUAUUUCUUUUGAUACUCCAUUGGUGUUGUGUUGUUGCUUUAAAAUAAUAAAAAGGUCAAUUUAAUUGUU